AUGUCCACCGCAAAUCCUCUUUCAGCGGUCUCUCUGUUCACCGUCGAAAAGUGGGUGGUUGUUGUAACUGGUGGAGGCACCGGAAUUGGUCUUAUGUAUGCCCAGGCCUUGGCUGCCAAUGGAGCUAAGGUUUACAUAACUGGCAGACGCCAAGAUGUACUGGAAACCAGUGCCAGCAUACAUGGAGCCGUAGACAAGAUUGGCUCCUCAGGGGGCAAAAUCGUCCCCCUUGUUCUAGAUGUGACGGACAAGGAUAGCAUCAAGAGUGCUGUUAAUUACAUCACGAACACUGACGGUUAUAUCAACGUUCUUGUGAAUAAUGCCGGUGUAUGGACGACGAAACCCGAGGCAGGACCUGAGGAUGGGCCAGAGAAAUUUGGUAGCUUCAUGUUUGACCAGUCCAUCGACCUCUGGCAGCAAGCUUUCCUCGUCAACGCUACAUCUAUCUACUUUGUAACUGCAGCUUUCUUGCCACUGCUAGCCAAGUCGGUCUCUAGCCACACCGGCAAAAUCGGUAGCGUGAUCAAUACCACCUCCAACAGUGGUCAGCUCAGGAUGUCUGAGGGCUCUCAGCUAGCCUACAACGUUAGCAAGGCUGCAUCGGUUCAGAUGACUCGUCAACUGGCUUUUGAUUUCAGCCACCAGAACAUUAAGAUUCGUGUCAAUGGCAUUGCGCCAGGAUGGUACCCGUCCGAAAUGACCACUGGUGGCUCAAACGACAUGAACGAGAGCACAGCCCAGGAAGAGGCGGCAUUCCAACAAGAGAUGCUCAGUAUGGGUGCUCGUGUCCCGCCAGGGCGUAUGGGCAGAACCGAGGAUCUUGCAAGCGGCCUCCUUACGCUCGCCACCAACGACUACAUCUGGGGUAUGAAUCUUGUUAUCGAUGGUGGUAUACUACAGAGCGUGGCUGGAAACAUUUAA